GGGGCGGUGGCGGCGGUGCCCUGAGCUGGGGGCGCCGCCUGCGGCAGGGCCGGGCCGCGGGGGGCUCCCGGGGCCUCUGGGGGCCGCAGCCUCGGCGGCCGGGGUCUGGCCGAGUCCUGGAGCCGUGGCCUAGCGAACAGCUCGCUGCGGGCGUCGUGUGGCUGGUUACAGAAAUCCCCCCAGUGCCGCCUUUCUCUCGGUCUUUGCUGCAGGUGUUUGUGGCGUGGAUGUGCUCGGUUGCUCUUUUUCCUCCCUCAGCCCUGCUCGGAGGUUUCUGCUCAGCUGGAGGUGACGAACACGCGCUGUGUGUCUGUGCUGAACGAGCCGGAAAGGGGACGCUGGGCUGCCCAAGUUUUGUUGGCUCACCUCUUACACUGCCGGUGCUUAGGAGUUUUCACUGGUUUCUGGAAGGGUUCUCAAAGACCCACAGAGCUUUAGUGUCUGCUCGGCCUUCCCUGAGUUGGGAUGCUCGCGGACUGGUCGUUACAGCUCCAGCUGGGUCCUCAGCUGCAAUGGGAGAGCUGGGCUUCAGGAGUUCAGCUGGUCACGUUAAAAUUUACAUUUCCCCAUCCUGUUUUUAUUUUAAACCCAGUGAGAGCGUGCAAACACAAAGCUUGGUGGAGCCUGUCGUGUCCCGUGGCAGGUUAGCGGUGUGGUUUGGUGUCGUUCCUGUAACUCUCUGCUUUGCCUAUCGUAUUGUCUCAGCGUACUGGGAAGAAGGCUUCGUUUGAGCUGCUGGAGGUGUGAAAAUAAAUACAAAAUGUUCCAGUUCUGCAGUGCCCGCUUCUCUAAGUGAGUCCCAAGGUUUAAGGCGCUGUGGCUGCCGGGGACUUGUCCGCACGGGUACCAAGACAGAAAUAAGCAAACUGAAUGUCAUUUAAAUUUUGCUGCCCCGGUAGAAGGUCAUCUGCAUUUGGAAAUCUAUUUUGGUUUGAAAUAGGACACUCCUCGCAAGUGACUGCCCAUCUGCUGUGAAGCAAUGCGAGCGCUGGGUUUCGCUCUCCCCUGUGCUGGGGUUCCUGUUUCCUCUGGGGUCGGUGACGAGCUGCGGCACUUCCCCAGCUGCGGGGGGAGGCUGGCGGGGGGUGGGGGUCGGUGUGGGGACAGUCCCAGACGCGCCUCUGUUUGGUGAGAGCUGACACCAAGGCUUUGGGGGUCCCAGCUGCAUGUCCUGCCGCGGUCUCCUGGUUCCUGUUCUGGCUCAAACAGUUGUGCUUCGGGAGCAGAAAUAGCAGCCCGGCAGGGGCUGUGUCCUGUUCCCGAGGGUUGGCAGCCCCCGUGGGGGGACCGGGUGUGCGGAGGGGAGCCCCAGGGUAACCUUGGUGCAGUCCGUGCUGUGCCGGCGGUACCUGCCUCCUUCACGAGAUGAGGCAGCGAUAACCCGAGCACGUGGAUGAGUGUUUCGGCAGCAUGUCUGCUCUGGUUUGAUGGGAGUAUUUCCUGCAGAGCGCAGGAACUUGGGUAGUUGAUUUAUUUUUUUCAGUUUUGCCUUAGCUCAUGGUUUUCUGCUCUGUGGGAAGAGCCAGGUAGUGUCACAGUGCAGGGCUUGCAGCUGAAGGAAGAACCAGUAAGACCAUUCCUUCUCCAAGUCUGUUUAACUUCAGGACUUGGCCUGCUUUGCUGCCAGCAUGGAGUUUCUAUGGCAGAUACGUCCCCAGAUCUGUUCACCUGCCACCAGCUCCUGAGCUUGCCUCACUUGUUGAAAAGAAACACCAAGAGGGGAGAGCGCUGCACAAACUCAAAAUAACGCAUUUGUCUCUAAAACUGUGUUCCUUUGUUACGCCUGUGUCCCAGCCAAAGCUCAGCAGUGCAUGUGGUCAGGUCGCCAUCCUGUAACGCUCUAAAUGGACAGUGAAGCCAGUAGAAAAGUGUGCCUAGGAUAAACUAAUGAAAUCAGAGAUGAGCUAGCAAGAGUGAGAGAUGCAGAAAGGAUGGAAGCAGGUGAUCCCAGGGUUGUGCUGCCUGCGCCCCCUCUGCUCUCCGCGCCGUGCCUGUUUGCCCUGCGGCUGGGUGGCAGGAGGGCCAGGCAGAAGGCCUGCUUCCCCUGCCUUGCCUGCGAGGCCUCUGCUCCGCGGGCUGGGGGCUUCCCGGCACCGAGACUCGUGGACACCCGGUCAGCUGCUCUGCGCGGAGCCUGCCCGGUGCCCGCUGCCUGCAGGGCGCCUGCUGCUGGGCUUGGAGCAGGAGCGCUGGCUUUGCUGGUGGGCUGGGCUGGUUUUGCUGGCAUUUGUUCCAGGAAGGUCAGUUUCUGAUACUCCUGCCUGCUGCUCUGGAGAGGGAGUCUGCCUGCGUUCUCGGGCCGCCACGAGGAAGAUGAGGCUCUGCUGACCUGCAGCAGUCUGAAGCCCUGCGCAGAGCUUGCCGAGAGCGUGGGCGCUGUUCCCAGCUGGCCUGGCAGGGCACAGGGCCUGUACCCCUGUACCUGCCUCUCUGCCGGUCCAUCUCCCACCAUGCUGGCCAGCGCAGGGCUUCCCCAGUAGCUGCUGCGAGCCCCAUCGUGCAGCUGGGAUCGGGCUGCCCAGGACCCCCACACCUCCUGCCCCCUGUGCCACAGCCGGCUCGAGGCUGCCAGAGGUGUUCAGAGCAAAGCUGGCAGCGCUGCAGCCCAAAGCUGUGCAUCCUCGUCCUGCUGGGCAUCCCGCUCUGCCCCUGCGUGCGGGACCGGUGCUGGUGGGAUGCGUGCAGCGGUGCGGGGCAGGGAGUCUCGGGGCAGGCACGGCCUCUCCCUGCAGGCUUCAUCUGAGCAGGUCCUGGCGGGGCUGGCGGUACGUCCUGUCCCGGGGUCGUGCCCGGCAUCCCCUCGGUGCUGGGAGCUGGAUGUGGCCCUGCAGCUGAGAACCUCCAGGGAGCAUGCUCCCAGCUGAGGGGAGGAAUGCUCUUGUGAUUGUUGUGGGCUGUUCCCAGAACAACCAUGCGGCAGGAGGAGCAGCAGAGGCCCUCAGAGAGCUCGGCGAGCAGAGCUGAGCGUGGGAUGUGACGGGCUGGUCCCUGGUCAGCUGCUUUGAGUUCCCAGCCACCACGGUGCUAGGCAGGCGUGUGGGUCAAACUUCUGUUGUUUAAAGAGAACUUCGUUAAAAUAACAAGCUGUCUGAUAGGAGUAUUUAUAGAAUCCUUCUCGAUUUAAUUUGUUCUUUCACUGUUUGGUUUUUCUAUUAUUUUUAAGUUCAAAGGCAUGCUAGAAAAGAAACCAAACUUGCAGCAAGCACCCCGAGGGAGAAGCGAGAUGUAGCUGAUGUCGGUGUGAUUGCCCAGCCAGAAACUCCUCUUUGACCCGUGUAGAGCUCAGGAUGACGUUGGUCUGGGUGCACAGACUGGUUGCUGCCGCUCCGUGUCUGUUCCAGAUGCAUCCUUGGUACCACCUGGGGACCCUCGGUGCCCGCUGCCCGUCCUGCGCCCCGGCAGGAAGCCCCACGCCUCCGUGCGCGGCCUCCGCUGUUUCCGCCGCGCAGGGGCUUUGUGUGAGCCCUGACAAAGUGCGGAUUGAUGCGGCUUCCUCUCCCCUCCCCCUGCCGUGCCGUGCCGUCCGGCCCGCGAGAGGCCCUGCGACAGAGGUGCCUUUCUUCCCUGGGCUGAGGGCAGCUCCGGGCUGGGCCGGGCGGGGUGGCCGAGCCCUCCCUGUCCUCAGUGCCCCGCGCAGCCCCCAGCCCUGAGGCCUGUUGCGUGCCGCUUCCGUGGUGCACUGGGGAGUGCCAUCGCCUACCUGAACCGCGGCUCCGAGCGGUCCAACAGCAGCCGCUGUCAGCAUCCGUCACCCCCCAGCUCCUGCUGUGUAACAGCAAGUCACCAAAUUACCAUGAGCGACUUGGGAAGACGUGCAUUCGUAUGAAGAACGCAUCGCGAGUUCUUUAUUAGAGUCACGUUAAGUUUGCUGAGUUCUGCUUGUUUUAGGCAGUUUCUGCGUCAUCUGCGAGGUUUUUUGAGCAGCUCGUGGGCACAGUGCGGACGUGCAGCAGGGCUGGCUUUGUCUGAGCAGCACCCAGUGGCUUUGUUAGCUGCACAGCUGCACUUUGUUCCCUGCUGGCCCUGACAACGUGGAGGCUGCGGUGAGGGGAAGGGGGUGAGCAGGAUCAGUCCAUGAUGCCUGAAGUGCGAGACCUCUCCGAUGCGUUGCCUGACCUGCCGAUGGAUCCCAUCACGGGCGUCAGUGUGGUUGCAUCCCGGAACCGUGCACCGACAGGUUAUGAUGUAGUUGCACAAACAGCAGAUGGCUUGGAUGCUGACCUCUGGAAAGAUGGCUUAUUUAAAUCCAAGGUCACGCGAUACCUGUGCUUCACAAGAUCAUUUUCAAAAGAAAAUAGCCAUUUAGGCAACGUCUUGGUUGAUAUGAAGCUCAUUGACAUAAAGGACACUUUGCCUGUGGGCUUCAUCCCCAUCCAGGAGACCGUUGAUACACAAGAAGUAGCUUUCAGAAAGAAGAGGCUGUGCAUUAAAUUCAUCCCUCGAGAUUCUACAGAGGCAGCAAUCUGUGAUAUUCGAAUCCUGAGUAGAUCUAAGCAAGCCCCUCCUCAGUACACGUUCAUAGGGGAGUUGAACAGCAUGGGCAUUUGGUACCGGAUGGGCAGAGUUCCCCGCAACCAUGAGUCUUCACAACCUGCUGCUCCUGCCCCAGUACCGUCUUCAACACCAGCUCCUAACCUGCCGAGGCACAUCUCGCUAACUCUUCCUGCUAGCUUUCGAGGCAAAAGUCACAGCACUCGCCUGGACUUGGAGCACCAGCACUCAAAUUUGUAUGCUAUAUCAGGUCUUGCCUUUGAGUGCUUGAUUUCUUGGAAGAUGAGUGCGCUGAAAAGGAACACGGCGUGUUUCUCAGGGCCCAGGAUGAACUCGUGCCUGGGAGCGAGAGGCAGGGAUGCUUUACAGAAUUGCACCUCUUGGAGUCCGUCGCUGCUGGUAACGCGGAGGGCUGUCUGGAAGCAAAAGGACUUCUGUUGCUGCAAGCUAAAGGCAAAUGCUACGUGCAGCUCUGGCACAACAGUGCAUUUCACCUGCUUCUUCUCUUACGGGAUUAUCUCAUUCUGUACUUCAGAUAAGUAGUGCUGGAGUGCAACAUAUUUUCCUCAAAAUUAUUAUUUUAGAGUAAUCUUACACCUGCACAAGUGCUGUGAUAGCUGUAGUAGAAACACACUUAGCUGCAGCUUUCUCUUCAUUGUGACGUUUUUGCAAGAGGAAAAAAAAUACUAGCUUUAACACUAGCCUUAGCAAAACCUAAUGGAAGUACAAUCCCUUCAUUUGGCUGAAGCAGAUUUUCAGGAUGGUUUGGAAACCCAGGAAAAGCAGCAGUGGGUUGUGCAAUAGGUACUUGCUUGUGCAUAAUCAGAGCAGAGAAGAUGGCAAAAAUGUGCCAUUCACAGGUCCUUUCUAUUAAUAGUGAGUGACACUUCUAACAUGGGAACAUGGCAUUAAUUCAUGUACCAUAAUCAAAGGGUUAUUUAAAAGGUAAUCUCUGACUGAAACUGCAGCUUCAGGUUCCUAAAUAGAUGGAAUAUAACAAUGGCAUAAUUCUUGUCAGUACUCGUUUUUCUUGUUACUUUCCUGCCCUAAUAGAUUUAGAAAUGUAAGGGAAAGCAUGUUCUUGUGUUCACAUGAGACCAUCCUGCAGAGAGGAUGGGGAAGCUGGUGCUUCUCUCCUAAUAAAGCACCAACGCACCACCAGCAGCAGCUCUGCACGAGCAGUGCUGGCCAUGGCCCUGCUGCUAGGGCUGCCCAUGGACCGCCUCUGCUUGUAGCAUAACCAGCCGGGAAAGAUGACCAGUUUUGCAAAGACCUGAAUGUCUUACCAGAUAAUUACAGGCAAAGCAUAAAACACACUUGAACGACUGAGCAUGGCGCUGGUCCCCCACGUUCACAGAAGCCCAUUUCAGAACACAUCACUGCGCACCCCCGAUGGCACAGCUCUGCAGGCACUGUUAGACAGGUCGCACAGACGCGUGUGGUAAUGGCUAUCGCAGCUGUGAGGCGUUUCUGAAGGAAGGCUCUUGUCGUGUGAAACAUCCUGUGCGUUGGCAGGGACCUUCGGCAUAGCUCCUGACCACUGCAGCCUUUUCAGCAGCCGUGAUGAGGUGCUGAGACAGUUCCCUCUGCGUGCUUAAACGUUACCGAGGCAGGCAAACCCCAGGGCGCACAGUGGAAACCAUUCAGAAGUUUCCUGUUAUGUCGCUGUAGUUUGCAGCCAGUCCCUUUUAUCUCUGCUGUGAUGUUAGUGUCUCGCUGCAGCGCCAUGGCAACGGGAAGCUUAUGAAUGCCUCCGCACCGCCCCGAGCUGCUCUGCCAGCUUGUGCUGUGCCGCCCUGGGGUCCCGCGGCUCCGGGGGUGACGGGUACGUGGGGAGCGGGGGCUUGCUCCUGUGGGGAGCGCGGAGCCCCUGGGCUGCGGUGCUGGGCGGCCACCAGGGCAGGGAGGUGACCCCGGGAGGUGACCCCGGGGCCGCGGCUCUGGGUGCAGAGCUGCAGAGCUGGCGCUGCCGGCGCGCGGACAAGCUGCUGGCUCCCUCUCUUGGCUCUCGGCAUAAUGGAAGGCUCCUGGUACUGGCACAGGGAAACAAAAGCCGUUAUAUAUAAACAGCCUCUUGCUUUCUAGUUCUGGUAUCGCCCCGGUCUGAAUUCUUGUGGUGAGAGCAGGAGGGGGUGCUGAGGAAGAGAGCUGUAGAAAGGAGGGUGAUAUGAGGAGUUGUGCUGUGGUCUCAGACACCUAACACUUCCUCAGUAGUCGUGAAAAUGAAGUGCUCAGAGGUUUUCAGGUAGGUGAGGUGGGUUUUGGCUGUCGAGCCGACCUGGUUCUACCAAACUACGUUUUGGAAGAAAUUGCCAUGUCCCCACUGGAACUGUCCUGUUACUUCUCCACGUAUGUAGUGUAAUUCUUACUGCAAAUCUGGAAGAAAUGGUUCUGAAGGUAGUAGCUAGAGUCUUUAACCAGCUCAUUGUCAUUUCCAAUCUUGGCAAUUACACAUUGUGCCACCAGAAAGUUAGUUUGUUGUGCAAACAGGAGACUCCCUAAUUAAUCAGCCUUUGACAAGUUGCAUAUAGGAAACUAUUGCCCUGCCCUCCCGGCACUGCAAAGGGAACCUUCCCUGUGCUGCCGUACAUAGUGCUGUCGCCCACCUCCUCCACACCCAGCAGGCUCCCGUUCCCACACCACGCCGUGCUUCCAAGGCCGAAGCACAGAAUUGCCUAUAGGUUGAUCUACAAAAGGUCUCUGGGAGCACGGUGCUGAGGAGCUGACAGGUGCAAUAAGCAUGUUCAAAUGGGCAGCUGCUGGAAGAAGAAUGCCUUGCUGCAGACAGACCUGUCGACAGACAUUGCUCGGUAUUUCACAGCAUAGUCUUUCUUCAUGGCCUUCAGCUUAAUUAAGAUGUUGUCGUGACUACAUACUGCCUUCAUUUCAGACUUCAGCGUCCUCUGGCUGCAUAUUGCUUUGGCUUAUCAGAGCCACAAGGACAGAGGGAGCCCUCUCAGGCAGCCACAGUUGAUAACGUGCAGGGAAAAUUCCUGAAUGAAGUGAAAAAUUAUUUAUAAUAAUGGUACUCAAAUAGAAGGGAAAUAAGUCACUUUAAGGGUAUAUAAAUUUUUAUGAUAGUGUAUAAACAGCCACAGCUUGCCUUGUCUCCCAUCUAUCCCUGCAGAGAAUGAGGGCAACAUCUAGCAUAAAGAAAAAUAUAAUAAGAAAACAAAGAAAUGAAUGGGAAGAGCUGGAGGAUUGAUCACUCGGUGUAUUUGUAUAUCCUGAUGUAAAAGGUGCUGCUGACAGCUGGCCAGGUUUCUUCUGUAUAAAACCAUGUGUGUGCUGUCAGGGCGGUGUGAGCAGCCUUGUUUCGAUUGAUGAAUUGCCUGCUUUCUUGAUUAAACCUUCCGUCACUUAAGAAACAAAAAGCCUGUGUUUGGAUGGCAGAGUGGGACAUGUCAAAAAAAUCUGUCUGCUUUACCUUUGUGCAGAUGUUGGGCACAGACUGUAACAUGUAUUAUUAAAAUGAAUGUGGCAUUUA